CGCCCCACCCGGCGCCCGGCACACCGCAUUCCGACACCGUCCGCUGGCACGCAAACAACUCUCGCGCUCUGCCGCUGCGUACCGUGUUCUAUUGCUACCGCUGCUGCUGCUGCACUCGCUGCUCUCGUCGUCGACGAUAUAAUAACAAUAUUAUUGUUACGUUUUAUUUUAAAAAUUCUUAUAAAUUGUUCGUGAUACGAAUCAGUGCGAUUUCGUUUUGGAUUUACGACAGUCGUUUGUUAUAUAACUCACUGUUACGUCAAUUUCCGUGUGUGUUUCGUACUCGCAAACUACAGUCGUCAUGUCUUCCGUCGCCACUGAAAUGCAACAACCCGUCUCCAGGACUUACCAAUACAGAAAGGUCAUGAAACCAAUGUUGGAACGCAAACGCCGUGCUCGCAUUAAUCGGUGCUUGGACGAACUCAAGGAACUGAUGGUGGUCGCCCUGCAAUCCGAAGGCGAAAACGUCAGCAAACUGGAAAAGGCCGACAUACUUGAACUAACGGUCCGACACUUGCACAAGUUGCGCCGCCAACAGAGGCUUUCCGGCAACCCGGUGACCGAGAUGGAUCGAUUCCGCGCAGGAUACACGCGCUGCGCCUCUGAGGUGUCCCGAUGCCUGGCCGCCACACCCGGUCUGGACGUCACCCUGGGCGCCAACCUCAUGACUCACCUGGGCCACCGACUCAACUCGAUCCAACCCACCGGAUCCACAGCGGCCGUGACCACUUCACCGGCCACGCCGUUGACGCUCAACACCGAUAUGUCCUCGUCUUCGUCCUCGUCGUCCUCGUCCUCGGCGUCGUCAUCGGCGUCGUCGUCGUGUUCGUCACCACCACCACCCCAGUCGCCUACCGGCAGCACUACCUCGUCGUAUCCGAUGCCACUAACGCCCAACUCGAUGGUCGGCACCGGAUGCAGCACGGACUCCACUUCCACCGGACUCCUGCAAGUUGUCGACAUGUCCCUGAAAAACGACAACGCCUCAGUUUGGAGACCUUGGUAAACUGAUCACCGUGUAACCCACACACACGCACACACGUGCACGCGAUAUUACCAAUUAUUAUAUAUUAUUUUAUUUGUCUCGAAUUGAUUUAAUUUUUUUUUUUUUUGUUAUUGCCUACACUUUAUAUUGUAUCGUUUUCUUGUUAUGUUAUACAUUCUCUGGAAAAAAUCAUCCAAAGGUCUGUAUAACGGUAGGUACGCGGACGCAAACGGGUUUUAUCGAACUUUUUACGCUUAUAUGAACGAAAAGAUUUUGACAUAUACGUAUGAUAUAUUAAAAUUAUAUUAUUGUCUAUAUUAUAUAGUUUUUGAUAAAUUAUUAUAAGGCAUUUUUUUAUUCGCACGCGUUCAUAUAUAUAAAUAUAUUUAUAAACAUGUUUAAUUUUUUUUUUAAUUUUUAAAAAUAUGAUCCUGUGAUAUACCAUUGUUUAAAUAAUAUAGACUACAAUAUAUUAUUAUAUUAUAAUGACUAUAUAAAAAAAAAUGGUAUAAAUAUAUUUUGUUCUCGUAUAGUAUGAUAUAUAAUAUUGUAAUGGGUACUCAUCCUACCUCAUAAUAUCAUUAUAUGUGUAUAGUAUAUCUUUUAAUAUAAUUAUUUAUUAUUUUUAUUUGUGACAAAAUACUGCAUACACGCGCAUAACAAUAAUAUAAUGUGCGUGUAUAUGGUUAUUUUUUUAUAUAGACUGUGAUAUAAUGAUAUAAUAUUAUGUUUUAGUAAAUACUAUGAUUAUUUACCCAUAA